AUGGGCAUUCGCACUUCAUUCUACAUUGAUUAUCCAAUGUUUCUCUCCGCUGCACCAUGUGAUAACGUGUCGGUUUCCGGUGAUAUGUACUCUCUAGUUCAUUCAAACAGAAUUAAAGCUGUCAUUGAUAGGAAAAUUGAAUAUAUAGAUGCAACAAAUUUUAGAAUAUUUGCUUGUAGGAAUUGUCUGACACAUCUAACAUCGACAAAUGAAAUCAUUUCACGAAAUUAUAGAUGUGAAUCAGGUAAAGCAUUUUUGAUGAAUAAUAUAACCAAUAUUAUAGAAGAUCUAUCGAAUUGUGAAUUGAGAUCAAUGAUCACUGGUGAAUAUCUCGUCUGCGAUAUAUACUGUCAUUUCUGUCGCACUACAUUGGGUUGGAAAUAUUUGAAAGCAGAUUCUAAAGAUCAAGCUUUCAAAGAAGGUAAAUUUAUUAUAGAUUUGAAGAAAAUUACUCUCACUACGUAA